AGCAAGGCGGCAAGAGGGGCCAGCCGCGGGGACCGCGCAAACCUGCAGCACAGGAGCAGACAGGAGGCAGAGCGGGGGCCGCUGUGCCGCCCCGGCGCCGACACACGCGUGCCGCCGUUCGGGCCGCUGCAGGGCAGCCACAGCCGCGGCCCGCGGAACGCCACCGCUCGGACCCCACCUCCGGGGGCGGAUACAGGCGGACGCGUGGGCAGAUUAACACGCGGCGCAGACACCGUCUCGCCCUACGCCCUCCCGGCUUCUCCGCGCCCGGCUCUCGGCCAGCGCGGCACUCCCGCGGGGGCAGCUCGCCGCCUCCAGCCGUUAGGCACCCAAGUGACCCUUCCUGGGCCGUUACUCGGCCGUUAAUCCCCGCGGCGACCUUCUGGGGCCUCGGUAAUCACGGUAGCGACCCUUCCCGGGCCGUUACUCGGCCAACAGAAGCCGCGCACCGGCACUCCUUGCUCCUCCUAGGGCGGCCGCAGACCGCUCGCGGCCCAACCGUGCCUCACGGUGGCACCGCUCACCCCGCGCCCGGCCCAGCGGACGGGAAGAGAGGGAAGGAGAAAAUCACAGCCGAGAUGGCCGCCUUUCUGCAGAGGUUGCGUCAGAAGGUGAAAGUUGGAGUCGUGGGUGGCUCAGAUUUUGACAAGAUCAAGGAACAGCUCGGCGAUGACGUGGUUGAAAAAUUUGACUACGUUUUUCCAGAAAAUGGCCUUGUAGCAUACAAAGAUGGGAAAUUCUUGUGCAAGCAGAGCAUUCAGGGCCACUUGGGUGAGGAAGUGCUUCAGGACCUAAUCAACUACUGCCUGAGUUACAUUGCAAAGAUUAAGCUGCCAAAGAAAAGGGGCACCUUCAUUGAGUUCCGAAACGGGAUGAUAAAUGUGUCCCCCAUUGGAAGGGGCUGCAGCCAGGAAGAACGAGUUGAGUUCUAUGAACUUGAUAAAAGGGAACAUAUAAGAGAUAAAUUCGUAGCUGAUUUACGAAGAGAAUUUGCAGGAAAAGGCCUCACAUUUUCUAUAGGAGGCCAGAUAAGCUUCGAUGUGUUCCCAGAUGGCUGGGAUAAGAGGUACUGCUUGGGAAUCGUUGCCAACGAUGGAUACAAGACUAUUUAUUUCUUUGGAGAUAAGACUAUGCCAGGAGGAAAUGACUAUGAAAUUUUCACAGACUCUAGGACAGAAGGCCACAGUGUCACUUCCCCCCAGGACACCAGAAGAAUCUGUGAAGAGCUCUUUUUUGUAAACGAAAGACUUUGAGCAUUCACAGUUGCCAAACAGUUAGGCUCAGUAACUCCAAACAGCUUUUGUACUGUUUUUUUUCUAACUGAUCACAAAUAGCAAGAGCUUUGGGGGCCUCUGUGCUGCAGGGAGAGAACCUCACUGACCAGUGGUACACAGCAGAGCUCAAUUAGCACCAUCCUCCCCCUGCUGCCAUUUGACAAGUACUCCAUGUUAUUUUUGGUGGGCUGUGGGGUUUGGGUUGGAUUUUUCCUGUUAGUUGUCACUAUUGUUGGGGGGUUUUGUUAAUUUGUUUUGUUAAACUUCUGGACAGAGGGGGUGGGGAUAACCUGCCUAAAAUUGAUUUAUGAUCUCAAAAUUGGCCUGCCAGUCUUAAUCCCUUAAGUUUUCAUUUUGAAGCUGCUAUUUAAAAGCUGAAUGAUUCCGAGUUGGGGUUUUAUUAAACUACCAACUUGUGCUGUAAUGAAGUGCGAGACACUUGGGAUUUCCUUGCUUAAAACUGGAAGAUGAGUGAAAGAGGUCUUCUUUCUGGCAGUGGGAAGGUAAACUCAUAGAAUUGUCAGGGCUGAAGGGACCUCAAGGAUCAUCUAGUUCCAACCCUCCUGCCAUGGGCAGGGACACUUCACACUAGAUUGGAUUGCUCAGGGCCCCAUCCAGCCUGGCCUUAAAAACUUCCAGGGAUGGGGCUUCUACCACCUCCUUAUGCAACCUUCUCCAUUGUCUUAUCACCCUCAUGGUGAGCUGAGCCAGAAGUCUCUGACCUCACUUGUGUUCCAGUGUGUGGUCAGAAGUCCACCAGCACUAGGAAGGCUGGACCAGCUGGUGCUGAAGCUACCUGCACAGUGCAGUUCAUGGUACUUACACUUCUUGCAGAAUGUUCUUAAAUCUAAAUAGCUUUUUAAAAAAUUAAAAUUAAUUAAAACAACUUAAGCAUGAUAACAAACUAUUUCUGUCACAAAUUACAUUCCUGAUUUUCCUGGUAAGACAUUAAGGGGUAGGUGAGACUUUAGCACUAAUCAAAAAAUUACCUGUUUCUGUUAAAAUUGAAGUUGACAUAGGACAGUGUAACUGUUAAUGUUACUUUUCUCAUCUGACAUUAGGAAGGUAAUUAUGAAGAGUCUAAUUUAGUGGAGGAGAAUAAAAUCUUAAUCAUGAAAAAUUACUGCUUCUGUCAUUUUGGCAAAUAAAAUACUUAAAGGAGA